UUCGCCCUGCUAGGAUAGAUGUGUUGUGCGGCCCUGGAACGCCGGCCCAGAUAGCGUGCAUUGAUGUGCGUACUCAUGACUGACUGUGUGUGAUGGAAGUGCGCUGCGAUGUGGAGGGAGGGACGCUAGUUAGGUGCACCUCACCGGUAGGAUGACCACAUCCACGCGCUUUCGCAGGUGUUGGCGAAUCGAGCACAGCAUGAAUCAACCGCACAUAAGAAGGCUUGAAACCAUCUCAAAUCAUGCUGGCCCCCACAUAUCACAGCUUUUCUGUACGCAAUACACCACUACACACCUUUGACACUUCUAGACCCGACCUCAUCCACACCAUGACCGCACCAAGCAAAGUCUUUUUCAUCACCGGAGUUUCCAGCGGUUUUGGCAAGGAAUACGUCAUCCACGCGCUUGCAAAUGGCCACAAAGUGGUGGCAGCGGGUCGAACGGGAUCCAAGCUCACCUUUCCCGGAGCUACAGCGGACAAUUUUUUGGGCGUGGAUGUGGAUGUGACGAGCACGCCAAGCACCAAAGCUGCUUUCAAGGCUUCCCUGGACAAGUUUGGCAGGCUGGAUGUGGUGUGCGCCAACAGCGGCUACGGUCUGUCGGGAGAGUUUGAGAGCUUGACGGAGGAGCAAGUGCAAGAGCAGUUCGAUGUCAACUUUUUCGGCGUCACAAAGACCGUCAGGGAAACGUUGCCGAUCUUGAGGCAACAAAAACCUGCCGGAGGCGUCAUUCAGGUCGUCACUUCCAUCGGUGGGCAGAUUGGCGUGCCCACCUACACUGCGUACACCGCUUCCAAGUGGGCAUGCGAAGGUUUCAUCGAGUCGUUGGCAAAGGAGACGGAUCAGAAGCCUGAAUGGGGCAUCAAGUACACUCUCAUCGAACCUGGAGGAUUCAGGACCGAGUGGGCUGGUAAGAACAUGAAGUUCAACGAUCAGCAAGCCAAGCACUCGGAUUACAGCCAUGUCAAUAGCAAAGAGAAUGCCAGCAAGAGGCACGGAAAGCAACCUGGUGAUCCAGUCAAGGGUGCCAUCGCAUUCUACAACUUGGCACUCGAAAAGGAGCCUCCUUUGCGAGUCAUCCUUGGUAGCGACGCCCAUGCUGCGUUGACCAACAAGCACAAGGUGGACUCGGAGCGCGCCAAGAAGUGGGAGCACUACACGUUGAAUACCGACGUAGACGGCUACAAGGCUUAGAGGACUCUGAUAUCAUUUGGCAAGUCUUAACUUUUGCAUGACGACGAAUGCAAGUUUAAAACAACCCCAGCAAGCGCCCCGAUUGUGAUGUGGUGCAUUGCAAAUGUGAAGCUACCGCUGAGUUGAAGCGUAGACCACGUGGCCAUCUACUAGCGUAUAGAGCACCUGAGCGGCCCGCAGCUGACUUGGCGACGUCCUGCCCUCAUCCAUGACAUCUCUAUCAAACACGACCAGAUCAGCCCGAAAAUUGGGAUGUAUAGCGCCGCUGAUGUGUUCCUCAAAUUGCGCAUGUGCCGCUGCUCUCGUGAAGCCGUGCAAAGCUUGGGCGCGAGUGAGUCGCUCCUUCGGAAACC